AUGAGACAGAAGAUUAGAGAGGAAAAAGGCGAGACAUAUGAUCCAAUCUGUUUAUCAGAUAUUGAAUCUGAUGAUGAGUGGAUCACUGAAAAAGAAAAUCCAUGCUUGCCAGUGGACGGGUCAUGGAUGGACAUACAUGAGAGUUUUACUCUUGAUGAAGGAGCUCUGAGUAAGAAAAGAAAGAGAGGUCCAAGAUACUUGAAUGCCAAAGCCAAUAACAAAGGAAAAUCUAUAGUAAGACAAGAGAAUGAGAAUGAAGAUGAUGCUGAAGAUGGGGAAGAGGAGGAUGAUGAAGAAGUGACAUUGUUAAUGGAGGAUGAUCAUGAAUUGAGUGACAUUGAUCUUGGAGAUGAUGAAUGA